GCGCGGCUCGGGGAAAGUUGCCUGGAAGCUGGGAUUCAAACUUGGUUUUGGAACCGGGCUCCGAGACCUCGAGCAUUAAAUAUGUUCAGUGUCGAAACAUAGGCGCGCGUUGAGGAUUCUCUGAGCCGUGACAUAUGACCGCGCAUUGAGACUGGAAAAGUGCAUCCGUCGCGCUCGAUUAGUGAGCCGUCAACAGUGAUUGACCGCGUAAAAAUACCUGUUUUGGUCUCGACGCUAAUAGAAAAUCGAUACGAAGAAUAUCAUUCUCUUAUCGGCUGGCCCCUGAUCAGGAGUGAGCAGAAUGGCGGGACUCGAGGAAGUGGAUAUCCCAGGUCGAGAGUAUCUGAAAGAGACGCUCACGAACUGUGCCGAUCCCCUUAAAGCGAUCGCUCAGUUUCAAGAGGAAAAUGGGAUCCUGCUGCCAUCUUUGCGUACCAUGUUACCUCUGCUUGAUCUGCAUGGAGUCUCGCGACACGAGUUCCACUGGGCGGUGCAGGAUGCGCUGCGAGAGAGGCUCUUGCAGCAGAUUGACACUUUGGGGAAGCAGGGCAAUACGGCGAAACUGGAGGAGCUCCUGCAGAGGAGUUUUCCGGUGGUGAAGGUGGAUGCAUUACGACCCAUCGUCAUGGCGAUCCUGAAAAAUCUCGAACACGUAGACGAACGCUUCUUGAAGCAGCUGGUCACCGAUAAACAGUUGUAUCAAGAAGCCGAUGUCGGAGUCAAGCGUCAGAUUUGGCUAUAUCAUCAGAGUUUAUUUGGCGAAGAGCUCGGACCACUCUUCGAACAGUACAUGGCGGAACGGGAAGCUGCCGUGUGGGAUCUCGCCGAAGGCACAGCAUCUUUUUAUGGACCUACGCCAAAACAGCGUAGGCAGCAACCCAUCGUGCAACAGCUUGUUACUAUGGUCGGUCGCAACGUGGUCCUGUACGAUAUGGUCCUCCAAUUCCUGAGGACUCUCUUCAUUAAAACCAAAAGUGUUCAUUAUUGCACUCUCAGAGUCGAGCUAUUAAUGGCCCUACAUGACGGUGAUAUACAAGACAUCACUCAGAUUGACAGCUGUCAUAAAUUCGCUUGGUGCCUUGACGCCUGUGUCAGAGAAAGGACCAUCGACGGCAAGCGCUCAAAAGAGCUCCAAGGAUUCCUCGAUGGAGUCAAGCCAGGCAACGAGCAAGUUCUCGGCGAUAUAGCCAUGACCCUGGCGGAUCCUCACGCGACAAACUUUUUGGUCACGUCGGCACUCAAGAUCAUUCAACAUCUGAUCAACAACGAGAAUUUACCCAGGGAUCAUCCAAUCCUGAUCCUGCUGCUGCGGCUCUUAUCCCUCGGGCUCGACGCAUUGCGAAUGAUGGAGAAGUCGGAUUUCAAAGAACCGAAGCUCGAUCCUCAAGUUGUAACGAAGUUCCUCCCGUCAAUGAUGUCGCUCAUAGUCGACGACUUGGUUCGGUCUCUGAAUUCCAAACUUCCGAAGGACGAUCGUGAGACCGCCAUCACGACAAUCGAGCAUCUCGGUCCACCGCCAGACGCUUAUCAGGCCUACGUUAAUGAGAGUGGCGUCGCCUGCAUUCUGGCGUCCUACUAUACUCUCCACACGGUGAAGUCACGCGACCGCACCGGCCUCAUGCGAGUGCUGGGAGUUCUCUCCGGCGAGGCUUAUGCGUACUCGGAUGUGUUCCUCCACACUCUGGUCGGUUAUCUGGUCACGUACAUGCUCGAAGAGUUUUCACACGAGGAUUUCUGCACGGUGAUUUUCGACGAGUUCUUCCUGACCGCGCUGGCGAGGGAGAAUGUUCUCCGACAUCUUCUGCGGCUCAUCUGGCAUUCGUUCCCAAAACUCGCGGCUUCUAGACUGGAUAUGCUCAUGAGUGCCCUCCAAACAAUGUGUGCCGCAAGCACAACUUUGAUGCCCCCGCUACUGAAAUUGAAGGAGCGCAUCUCAACUCAGCAAAGUGUAAGCGUACCACGGCCGCAAAUUCCCCCCGAUUCUCCGGUUUUCCAAGUACCAUGUACACCCCAUCACAGUUAUUGAGCCGACUGAGCUGCUCGAUUGAGGAAAACGAGCUCCUGCUGCGACCUUACGAAAUUAAACCUGUAUAUAAUUCCCCGAUGCCUGCACGAUUCCGCACCGCUUCUUUGAAAAUCUGCCGAUGAUGCGCUGCUGAUGGAGGGCUAUAUUGCUGUGAAUAUAUUUGCGAUUUU